GAUCAGCUUUUUAAGAUGGGCCUCAAGAUUCUUCAGCAGUCUAAAAGCCAAAAACAGAAAGCAGAAGCCUACCUACUCUUUGCCAAAGCAGCCGACAUGGGAAACUUGAAAGCUAUGGAGAAAAUGGCUGAUGCUUUGCUAUUUGGAAAUUUUGGCACGCAGAAUAUUACAGCAGCGAUCCAGUUGUACGAGUCCUUGGCCAAAGAAGGAUCAUAUAAAGCCCAAAACGCAUUAGGAUUUUUGUCUUCUUAUGGAAUAGGAAUGGAAUACAAUCAAGCUAAGGCACUGAUAUAUUAUACCUUCGGAAGUGCUGGAGGAAGCAUGAUGUCCCAGAUGAUUUUGGGGUACAGAUAUUUGUCAGGAAUCAAUGUUCUACAGAAUUGUGAAGUUGCCCUAAAUCAUUACAAGAAAGUGGCAGAUUAUAUUGCUGACAAAUUGGAAAAAAGUGAAGGUAUUCCAGUGGAAAAAGUGAGACUAACUGAAAGACCUGAAAAUCUGAGUUCUAACAGUGAGAUUUUGGAUUGGGACAUAUACCAAUACUAUAAAUUUUUGGCUGAAAGAGGAGAUGUUCAGAUACAGGUAUCGCUUGGACAAUUACAUCUAAUUGGGAGGAAAGGUCUCGAUCAGGAUUACUUUAAAGCAUUAUACUACUUCUUAAAGGCAGCGAAAGCCGGAAGUGCAAAUGCCAUGGCAUUUAUAGGAAAGAUGUACUUGGAGGGGAAUGCUGCGGCACCACAAAAUAACGCGACUGCCUUCAAAUACUUCUCCAUGGCAGCGAGUAAGGGCAAUGCGAUUGGUCUUCAUGGGCUCGGCCUUCUUUACUUUCAUGGGAAAGGAGUUCCUGUGAAUUACACAGAAGCACUUAAAUACUUUCAGAAAGCUGCAGAGAAAGGAUGGCCCAACGCACAGUUUCAGUUAGGCUUCAUGUACUACUCUGGCUCUGGAGUAUGGAAGGAUUAUAAACUUGCCUUCAAAUAUUUUUACUUGGCAUCUCAGAGUGGGCAGCCCCUCGCCAUUUAUUACCUGGCCAAGAUGUACGCCACGGGAACAGGAGUGUUGCGAUCAUGCAGAACCGCCGUGGAGCUUUAUAAAGGUGUCUGCGAACUAGGCCACUGGGCUGAGAAAUUCCUGACAGCGUACUUUGCCUACAAGGAUGGUGAUAUAGACUCUUCUCUUGUUCAGUAUGCACUACUUGCAGAAAUGGGGUAUGAAGUAGCUCAGAGCAAUUCAGCAUUCAUUUUGGAAUCCAAAAAGGCUAAAAUUCUUGAAAAAGAGAAGAUGUAUCCAAUGGCACUCCUCCUGUGGAAUCGAGCUGCCAUUCAAGGCAAUGCAUUCGCUAGAGUGAAACUUGGAGAUUACCACUACUAUGGCUAUGGGACUAAGAAAGACCAUCAGACAGCAGCCACACAUUACAGCAUCGCCGCCGACAAGCACCGCAGCGCACAGGCCAUGUUCAACCUGGCCUAUAUGUAUGAACACGGCUUAGGUAUCACAAAGAACAUUCACUUGGCCAGGAGACUAUACGAUUUGGCUGCUCGAACAAGUCCGGACGCUCACAUACCUGUGUUCUUUGCUCGCGUGAAACUGGAAACUGUGCAUUUGCUCCGAGAUAUCCUGUUUUGUAAUUUUACAGUGAAAUGGAAAUGGAUGAACGUGGCCCACACCCUUGGACCACACUGGGAUCUAUUUGUGAUUGGCCUGAUUGUUGCCGUGCUGGUCUUCUUGCUUAGGCGUCGCUACGGGUAGGAUCUGGCCCGCAGGAAAACCUGCUCGCGGGAACCAGUUCACUU